GAAUGAGAGCGAAAGCUCAUAGUUAGUACCCUUUUGGUACUUUUUAUAACAGACAAAAACAACACAAUAGACUCGGUCAUCUCAUCUAGUAGUCUUCUUUCAUUUCCAUGAAAAUGGUUUCUUUAUUAUUACUACCAAAAAAGUCUUCUCCAUAAUAGUUCACAAACAAAAGUAAGACCUUUCUUUUUGAAGCACAGAAAUAAGACUUUCAGGUAGUGGAGAGAGAGAUUGCUUUAAUGGGUUUGAACAAGAAAAGGUUGCCGAAAGUGCAGAAAAAGCCCCAGUUUUGAAAAACCCAGAUAAUCAAUUUGAGUUUAGGACAUAUUGAAUCCGUGAGAACUGGAUAUAGUUACAACAAGAAUUGGUGUUGUCUUUAUUUUGUCUGUAUAAAUUCCAACAGGUUUCUUCUGAUGGGGAAUUGCUGGGGUUCUCCACCUGCUAAUACAACUACAGCUACGCCUAAUACUACUGGUCAAAUUAGUUCAGGAAUUUCUCAUACAACUAGCAAUGCAGCAUCUUCUCGGAGCAGCAACACGGUAUCUUCUCGGAGCAGCAAUACAGCUUCUCAUGGCAGCAAUGUCUCUGGGAACAGCCAGUUUUCUGUAGUAAGUGGUGAUGAGGCCCUCCCAAAUGGGCAGAUCUUGCCCAUCCCCAACUUGAGGAUAUUCUCUUUUGCAGAACUGAAGGCUGCCACCAGGAAUUUCAGACCUGAUACUGUGUUAGGAGAGGGUGGUUUUGGUAAAGUCUUCAAGGGUUGGCUUGAUGAGAGAUCCACUGGGAAGAGUGGAAGUGGAAAUGUAAUUGCUGUCAAAAAAUUGAAUUCUGAGAGCUUCCAAGGAUUUGAAGAAUGGCAGUCAGAGGUAAAUUUCUUGGGAAGGCUUUCUCAUCCUAACCUUGUAAGGCUGAUAGGAUACUGCUGGGAGGACAAGGAGCUUCUUCUAGUUUAUGAAUUCAUGCAAAAGGGAAGCCUAGAAAACCAUCUAUUUGGAAGGGGUUCAACUGUUCAGCCACUUCCAUGGGAAAUACGGCUCAAAAUUGCUAUAGGUGCAGCACGAGGCCUUUCUUUCUUGCACACUUCUGACAAGCAAGUCAUUUACAGAGAUUUUAAGGCCUCAAACAUACUGCUUGAUGGGUCUUACACAGCCAAGAUUUCAGAUUUUGGUUUGGCAAAGUUGGGGCCUUCGGCUAGUCAAUCUCAUGUGACAACAAGGGUGAUGGGCACGUAUGGCUAUGCCGCUCCCGAGUACGUGGCAACAGGGCAUUUAUAUGUAAAAAGUGAUGUGUAUGGUUUUGGUGUUGUCCUGGUUGAGAUUUUGACGGGCUUGCGGGCACUCGAUACAAACCGUCCAAGUGGGAGACAUAAUCUAGUGGACUGGAUCAAACCAUUUUUAUAUGAUAAAAGAAAGUUGAAGAACAUUAUGGAUUCUCGGUUAGAGGGGAAAUAUCCUUCAAAAGCAGCCUUUCGAAUAGCUCAGCUUGCAAUAAAUUGUAUCGAAUCUGAACCCAAGAAUCGACCAUCUAUGAAAGAAGUUGUGGAGACAUUAGAAAGGAUUGAAGCAAAUAAUGAAAGGCCAAGAGAGCCUAGAGUUCGUUCUAAUCGUCCUACAAUUCACCACCAUGGCCAGCAAACUUUGCAACAUCGUUCUCCUCUUCAUCCAAGACAGGAUGCGCAUCGAGCAUAUCAACAAGCUUCAUUAGUGAGGUAAGCUGCAUAAAAUUGCUGCCAAGCAAGCACAAAUCCUUGAGUUCAUGCUGAUUGUUUCUCUACUAAAUAUAUGUCAUAUCUCUAUUUAUUUAAUAUUGUAAAAUCAUUAGUGAGUUUAUUGUUGUUGUAAUAGUGAUGUGUAUGAGCAUUAGUGUAAGAACGGUGAUUCUGUAAUUAUUUUCUUAGGAAUGCAUAGUUAGUGAUGAGAAAUAUGCAUGCGAAAUACUUGUACUAUAGGAGGAGAUUUCAUUAUUCAUUUAUAAAACCCCUCCUUAAUGCUAUGAAUUUAAGACAUUUGAAGACAAAUCUUGAUUAGGAACUCAUUUGUAGUGCUAAAGAUAAAGAAAAUUCAUUUCCUUCUCA